GUGCUGCUGGCUGCAGUUCGCAGCGGAGCCGCACACAAAUAUUAAUAAAAAGAGAAGUUUAAACCAAACCUCUGCGCUGAAUAAAACGCAUUCUGUGAUGUUUUAUUUUGAGCUCAUCGAGCUGUUGCAGUCAAAGAACAGUUAUUUAAGCAAUUUAAAGUAGCGUAUAACAAGUUAGUUUGUCUUGCAGAGGUAAGCUAACUUAGCUACUUUGCAAGGCUGAUUGUGAUUGAAUUGUAUUUAAUUAUUAUCAUUUAGAGGAAACGGAAAGCUGGCUUCAACUAAAGCUGACCUGAUCGGAAGUUAGGUGACUACAAAAGGAUGUCGGACUCAGACAGUGACGAGGACCAGGAUCGUCCUUUCUCCAUAACCGGCUUCCUCUUCGGAAACAUCAACGAAGAUGGACAACUAGAGGAUGACAGUGUCCUGGACAAUGAGUCCAAAAAGCAUCUGGCUGGUUUGGGUUCUCUCGGUCUGGGUUCACUCAUUACAGAGAUCACUGCCAAUGAUGAAGAGGAACAAGAAGACAGCAAAGAGUCUGGGAAUGUGGAUGCAGAUGGUUGGGUGAAAAGCACGGAAGAUGCAGUUGAUUAUUCUGAUAUCAGUGAGGUUGCUGAAGAUGAGACUAAGAAGUAUCGUCAGGCCAUGGGCACUUUGCAGCCAAGCAGGAAAGCAGAUGAUGAUGAUGACUAUGAUGCUGACUGCGAGGACAUCGAUUCUAAACUCAUGCCACCUCCACCGCCACCAAGUCUUCCUACAGCAGCUAAGAAAGAGGAACCCUCAGCUCCGAGUACAAAUGUUGGGGAAGAGGGUGAUGGCAUUAUCCUGCCCUCCAUCAUCGCGCCAUCCUCUACGGCUGAUAAGGUUGACUUCAGCAGCUCCUCAGACUCAGAGUCAGAAACUGACCGUCCCUGUCAAGGCAUGGGACCCGGCCCCCCAGAUAGACUCACCCUCCCUCUUGCUGGCAUCAUGCAGAAAGAUGCAGCCAAAGCACUGCCAGGUGUCACAGAGCUCUUUCCAGAGUUCAGGCCCGGAAGGGUGCUCAGGUUCUUGCGACUGUUUGGUCCUGGAAAAAACAUGCCCUCAGUUUGGAGGAGUGCCCGCAGGAAGAAGAAGAGGAAGCACAGAGACCCUCAGCCUGGGACCCCUCCUCCAGAAGGAGAGCCUACGGAGCAGAGCCAGGAGAAGAAGUCAGGAUGGAUUUAUGAGUAUUCACUUCCUCCACCUCCAGAGCAGUGUCUCUCUGAUGAUGAGAUUACCAUGAUGGCUCCGGUUGAAUCUAAAUUCUCUCAGACUUGCGGUGAUGGAGACAAAGAGGCAGAGUCUCGACCGAGAGUUGCAGAAUGGCGAUACGGUCCAGCCCAACUUUGGUAUGACAUGCUGGGCGUCUCUGAGGACGGAAGCAACUUCAACUACGGGUUCAAGCUGAAAGAGGAGUCCUGUGACUCUCCGAGGCAGGACGAGCCUAAAGAAAUCACAGAGACCCCACAUGAGUUUCUGAGGCGAGAAGACGAUGGUAAUGAUGACAAUGACAGUGAAAAUGGAGAAAAGGAUGGACAAACCCUUGAGAACGAGCUCUUCCUGAUGGUCACUCAGCUGCAAUGGGAGGACGAUAUUAUUUGGAAUGGAGAGGAAGUGAAACACAAGGGCACCAAGACUCAGAGAGCUAGCCUGGCUGGAUGGCUCCCCUCUAGCAUGACCCGAAAUGCCAACGCUUACAAUGCACAGCAAGAAGACCAAUCUUUUACAGGUCUGACAAGAAGUAAUUCCCAGCUUGUGCCACCCACACCUCCACCUAUGCCCAAAGCUUCUUCAAUCUCCGGCCCAAAGAGAGACAAAAACAACCAUGAUCAUCAAGCCUCUCAUGAAGAAGACUCUCCCUGGUUCUCCAUUUUCCCCAUUGACAAUGAGGAGUUGGUUUAUGGACGCUGGGAAGAUAACAUCAUCUGGGAUGACCAGGAGAUGGACCGCAUGCUCAUGCCACCUGUUCUUACUCUGGAUCCCAAUGAUGAAAAUAUCAUCCUAGAAAUACCUAAUGAAAAAGAGGAGAUGACUUCUCAUUCCCCGUCAAAGGAGAAUAAGAAGGAAACGGCAAUCAAAAAGAGCCGCAUCCUGCUGGGGAAGACCGGUGUGAUAAAAGACGAGCCACAGCAGAACAUGUCUCAGCCUGAGGUCAAGGACCCCUGGAACCUCUCCAAUGAUGAGUUCUACUAUCCUAAACAGCAGGGCCUGAGGGGCACUUUUGGUGGAAACAUCAUCCAGCACUCCAUCCCAGCACUGGAGCUUAGGCAGCCCUUCUUCCCCACUCACAUGGGGCCCAUGAAACUACGACAGUUUCACCGUCCGACUCUGAAGAAGUACUCGUUUGGAUCUUUGGCUCAGCCCGGUCCACAUGCUGUCCAGCCGCUGCUCAAACACAUCAAGAAAAAGGCCAAGAUGCGAGAGCAGGAGCGGCAGGCGGCGGGAGGAGGAGACAUGUUCUUCAUGCGAACGCCACAGGACCUGACGGGGAAAGAUGGAGACUUGAUCCUUGCAGAGUACAGUGAAGAAUACCCGCCGCUCAUUAUGCAAGUCGGCAUGGCCACCAAGAUCAAAAACUACUACAAAAGAAAACCUGGUAAAGAUCCUGGAGCACCUGACUGUAAAUACGGAGAGACUGUGUACUGCCACACGUCCCCUUUCCUGGGUUCUCUGCAUCCAGGGCAGCUUCUCCAGGCAUUUGAAAACAACCUUUUCCGUGCUCCGAUCUACCAGCACAAGAUGCCAGAGACUGAUUUCUUAGUUCUACGAACGCGUCAUGGCUUGUACAUCAGAGAGAUUGUGGACAUUAUUGUAGUGGGGCAGGCGUGUCCUUUGUUUGAGGUUCCCGGGCCAAACUCCAAACGAGCAAAUACUCACAUCAGAGAUUUCCUCCAGGUCUUCAUUUACCGCCUGUUCUGGAAGAGCAAAGACAGACCCCGCAGAAUCCGCAUGGAGGAUAUAAAGAAAGCUUUCCCGUCACACUCGGAGAGUAGCAUCAGGAAACGAUUGAAACUCUGCGCUGACUUCAAACGUACAGGGAUGGACUCUAACUGGUGGGUGCUGAAGCCUGACUUCAGAUUGCCCACAGAGGAGGAGAUCAGGGCCAUGGUGUCUCCAGAGCAGUGCUGCUCUUAUUACAGCAUGCAGGUGGCAGAGCAGAGACUCAAGGAUGCUGGAUAUGGUGAGAAAUCCUUCUUUGCUCCAGACGAGGAGAAUGAAGAGGACUUUCAAAUGAAGAUUGAUGAUGAGGUGCGGACAGCUCCCUGGAACACAACAAGAGCCUUCAUUUCUGCCAUGAAAGGGAAAUGCCUGUUGGAGGUGACUGGUGUAGCAGAUCCUACAGGCUGCGGGGAAGGUUUCUCUUACGUGAAAGUGCCCAACAAGCCCACUCAACAAAAGGAUGAUAAAGAGCCACAGCCUGCCAAGAAGACAGUUACGGGGACAGACGCUGAUCUGAGGAGGCUGUCGCUGAAGAAUGCCAAACAGCUGCUGCGCAAGUUUGGUGUACCGGAAGAAGAGAUCAAAAAGCUGUCCCGUUGGGAGGUGAUUGACGUGGUGAGAACCAUGUCCACAGAGCAGGCGCGCUCAGGUGAAGGUCCAAUGAGCAAGUUUGCCCGAGGCUCCCGCUUCUCGGUUGCUGAACAUCAGGAGCGCUACAAGGAAGAGUGCCAGAGGAUCUUUGACCUGCAGAACAAAGUGCUGGAGUCCACCGAGGUGCUCUCCACAGACACAGACAGCAGCUCCGCAGAGGACAGUGACUUUGAGGAGAUGGGGAAGAACAUAGAGAACAUGCUGCAGAACAAGAAGACGAGCUCCCAGCUUUCCAGAGAGAGGGAGGAGCAGGAGAGGAAGGAGCUGCAGAGGAUGCUGAUGGGGGAAGAGAGCGAUCGUGACCACAAGGGACGCAAGGAGCGGCGCAAAGGCUUGUCCAGCUCCUUAUCCACCAGUUCCCACAAGGACGACGACACGUCCUCCGUCACCAGCUUAAACUCCUCGGCCACCGGACGCAGACUCAAAAUCUAUCGUACCUUUAGAGACGAGGAUGGCAAGGAAUAUGUGCGCUGUGAGACGGUUCGCAAAGCCUCAGUCAUCGACGCUUACCUCAGGAUCAGACAAACCAAGGAUGAUGAAUUCAUACGAAAGUUUGCCCUCUUCGAUGAGCAGCACAGAGAAGAAAUGAGGAAGGAGCGACGGCGUAUUCAGGAGCAGCUGAGGAGGCUGAAGAGGAACCAGGAGAAGGACAAGAUCAAAGGACCUCCAGAGAAGAAGGCCAAGAAGGUCAAGGAGAGACCAGACCUCAAGGUAAAACUAAAGUGCGGCGCGUGUGGAGCCAUUGGACACAUGAGGACCAACAAGUUUUGCCCGCUGUACUAUCAGACCAACGCACCGCCUUCUAACCCUGUUGCCAUGACAGAGGAGCAGGAGGAGGAGCUGGAGAAGACUGUCAUCCACAACGACAACGAGGAGCUCAUCAAGGUGGAGGGCACCAAGAUCGUACUGGGAAAACAGCUGAUUGAGAGUGCUGAUGAGGUGCGCAGAAAGUCUCUAGUACUUAAGUUUCCCAAGCAACAGCUUCCACCAAAGAAGAAGAGACGCGUAGGCAGCGCAGUGCACUGUGACUAUCUCAAUAAACCACACAAGGCGAUCCACCGGCGACGCACUGACCCCAUGGUGACCUUGUCUUCUGUGCUAGAGAGCAUCAUCAACGACAUGCGGGACCACCCCAAUACCUAUCCAUUCCACACGCCUGUUAAUGCAAAGGUGGUUAAGGAUUACUACAAGAUCAUCACACGGCCCAUGGACCUGCAGACGCUGAGGGAGAACGUACGGAAGCGGAUGUACCCAUCCAGGGAGGAGUUCAGAGAGGCCGUGGAAGUUAUCGUCAAAAACAGCGCCACCUACAAUGGGGCAAAACAUCCAAUAACACAGGUUGCACAGUCCAUGCUGGACCUGUGUGAUGCUAAACUCAAAGAGAAAGAGGACAGGCUGGUGAGGCUGGAGAAAGCCAUCAACCCGUUACUGGAUGACGACGAUCAGGUGGCCUUCUCCUUCAUCCUGGACAACAUCGUGACCCAGAAAAUGAUGGUGGUUCCUGAUUCGUGGCCAUUCCAUCAUCCCGUCAACAAAAAGUUUGUGCCUGAUUAUUAUAAAGUGAUAGUAAACCCCAUGGAUCUGGAGAGUAUCCGCAAGAAUAUCUCCAAACACAAAUAUCAAAACAGAGAGGUGUUCCUUUCAGAUGUUGGUCUUAUCCAUACCAACAGUAUCAAGUACAAUGGUAAAGGUCCUGACAGUCCUUACACAAAGACCGCCCUGGAUAUCGUCAAUGUGUGCAAACAAACCCUGGCAGAGUAUGAUGAGCACUUGACCCAGUUGGAGAAGGACAUCUCCACUGCUAAAGAGGCCGCUCUGGACGCAGCAGAUCUGGAGUGUCUCGACCCAAUGACUCCCGGGCCGUACACACCUCAGCCUGCUGAUCUUUUUGACAGCGGGGCUUCGGGGAGUCUGCCCAGAGAGACCAGCAGCCUUUUCUCUGAGGGACCGCUAGUGGUUGCUCCCGAGAAGAGAGGGGGGCAGGGUCGCCACAGCAGAAGACCCGGGGAGGAAGAGUCGGACGUGGACAUUGAAGGCUUUGAAGAGGAUGAUGAUGGCAAACCUAAGACUCCUGCUCCGGCUGAGGACGCAGAUGGAGAUCUAGAGGAUGACGACGACGAUGAGGAAAUGUUACUGCCACCUCGCAGACGGCUGCACGACCGUGAUGAAGAGGAGGAGGAGGAAGAAGACGAGGAUGGAAGAUCUAACCGCCCGGCCCAGGCCAGCGUGCUGUACCAGGACCUGCUCAUGUCUGACGGAGAGGAUGACGCUAGCGAAGAGGAGGGCGACAACCCUUUCUCCUCCAUUCAGCUGUCAGAGAGUGGGAGUGACUCGGACAGAGAGGUGGAUGUUCGACCUGCGCCUCCACGGAGAACCCAAGAGACGGCUCGUAUGGGCAUGGAGCAGGACGAGAGCAUGAUGUCAUACGAAGGGGACGGGCCUGAUGAGCCUCACAUGGAAGACAGCAAUGUCAGUUACGGCAGCUAUGAGGAGACUGAGAGCCGCAGUCAGCUGCAGCCCUCCAGCAUGGGAAACGGAGACUACGGCAUCAGCGAGGAGGAGGAAGAUGAAGAAGAUGAAGCGCGGAGGAGAGGCCCGGCUGUGCUCUCCCAGGUUCAGCUCAGUGAAGACGAAGAGAGCGAGGAGUUCAGAUCCAUCGGGGGAGACAGCGACAUGGACUCAGACAACUAGUUAGGUUUAUUGUUUUUUUUAUUAAGAAGACAGUGUUUAUAAGUGUCGUUUUAAAAUGAAGACAAGGAGCUUUGCGAGGAGGUCGUUUUGUAAUAUUUUGUAAAUGAUGUCUAAUGUUAAUAGCUUCCUCCUGUACUGUUGUACCUGCAGUAUGGCACAUUGUAAAUUUCAGUUUGCCUUUUUUAUGUCGAGUGAUUAUUGUGUACUACGAUGUGUUUUAACAUGGAAGUGUUAAGAUGUCUUUUACUCUUUGAAUCAUUCGUACCCUGCGCUCACAAAAGACCAGCUGUUUAUUCUAACCAACUGAAUAAUUACAAACAAGAGUAAACAGACUUAAGGUGUAAUGAGUUUUCUUUUUGUAUUUUUAAAACAUUUUUCUAGCAAUAAUAAAUCGUUUUCCUCUUUUGCGGUUGAAAUACAAUUAGACAUUUAAAUCAGGAACACUGUGUAUAAAUUAUAAUGUCCUGAAUGAGACAUUAUUCUCCAGUUGCUAAAAGCGUUUAUUAAAGUGGUCUAACUUUACACACUCUCUACUCAGCUGUCCUUUGAGAGGAUCAAAGGGAUUCUGGUCCAUGUUCAGUUUGGAUGUAUCAAGUGAAAAGUUAACAUUCAUUUCCUCAUCAGCUGGGAUUCUGUGUAGGAAAGAAUCAGACAAUAGUAAUCAUCCACUUCCUUUUCUGUAAGAACGCUUUCAAAGAACUUCCUCUUCAAAUUCUUCAAAUGCUUCCCCUUGUUGAAAUGACAACACACCCAUCUUUAGAGACAGCAUUAACACUUUACCAAAGCAAAAUGUGACGGAUGCUUUGUGUGCAGGUGAGGUCACUAAAACUGACAGCUUGAAGGCUACAAAGUAA